AAUCUCAUGAAAACUGUGCUAAAGCAGGAAAUUGAUACCGUACUUCGUAAGACUGCUGAAAUGCGCAAUGAAAUCGAUAACAACAACCUAAUGAUUCGCGCUCUCGAUUCUACCGUGAAGGAUGCCUUGAAUCGUCUAGAAGCAGAUAUAAAGACAGCGCAAGACUUGACAAUUCGCAACUCCGAGAUCAUUUCUCAGCUAGACGCCAGACUGAAUGCACUGCAGAAUGGAUGGAAAAAAGUUAGCGGUGGUGCAUGAACUGCGUAGACCUGCUAGAAGAAAUUAUCAGCGUCGACACGUUGAUAUCCGUGGGCUGGAUGAGACUUGGCAAGCGGAUCUCGUUGACAUGUCGGCGUACGCAAGAGAGAACGGUGGAUACAAGUACCUGCUCACCGUCAUCGACAUAUUUUCAAAGUUUGCUUGGGCCGUGCCAACGAAGAGCAAGAAUGCUAAGGACGUGAUGACAGCUAUGAAAUCUAUACUGCUGCAGGGACGGAUACCGAAGAAAUUGCAAGUGGACGAAGGUCGUGAAUUUUAAAAUACCGAAUUCAAGAAUCUAAUGCAAAAACAUGGUAUUGCUAUGUACUUGACAUUCAGCAACUUGAA